UAAAUAUCGGUUGUCCGUUAACUCUUUUGCUUCCAGACCGUUGCGUUAACGUAAGUGGGUGUUUAUGUUGUCUUGUAAGCGUGUAAUCUUUGUUCCGUUUAAUUAUUUAGUAUCAUUUUUUAACGUGUAGUAUUGUGUGGAUUUGUAGAUUUAUAAGGUACCUUUUAUUUGAAAAUGACCGAUCCAUGCUCAGUUAAAGUUGCUGUGCGUGUUCGACCCUUGGUACCACACGAAAUUUCAAAGGGGUGUAAAGAAAUUGUUGAAGUUAUUCCCGAAAAUAAUCAACUCCUAGUAAGGUCAGCUGAGAAGGCCUUUACCUUCAACUAUGUGCUGGGAACGGACUCAGCACAAGAGGAACUAUACGAAAAAUGCGUUGCUCCCUUACUAAAAAACCUAUUCGAAGGGCUGAAUGUAACGAUAUUUGCUUAUGGACAGACGGGUUCUGGGAAAACCCAUUCGAUGGGUACUUCAUAUAAUGGCGACGAGAAUCCUGGAGUUAUACCAAGAGCCAUUCAGGAUAUAUUUGAUCAUAUUAAAGAUACAUUUAGUGUAGAUUACACCGUGACUACUUCGUUUACAGAAUUAUAUAGAGAAGUCCUGUAUGACUUGCUCUCUAAUAGGCCCAAAGAACAGAGCAUUCUAGAGCUCAGAGAAGAUGUCACCAAAGGCGUCUAUAUACCGAAUAUCACAGAAUUACCUGUAGAGUCCGCCAAAGAGGUGCUGGACAUCCUCAUGAGGGGCUCUACCGGUAGAGCCACCGGUUCUACAAAUAUGAACGCUCAGAGCUCGCGAAGUCAUUCCAUUUUCACUGUGAAUAUUGCCAUGCAACACAAACUAGACAAGAGCCAAAACAAAACGGCAAAACUACAUUUGGUCGAUCUAGCCGGUUCAGAGCGGCCCAAAAAAACGGGGGCCCAAGGUACGACCUUCAAGGAAGGCGUGGAUAUUAAUAAAGGCCUGUUCGUCCUAGGAAAUGUUAUUAGUGCAUUGGGGGACGAAAAAUUGCAGAAUGGCUUCAUACCAUACAGGGAUAGCAAUCUUACUCGACUUUUAAAGGAUUCGCUUGGAGGCAAUAGCGUCACACUGAUGAUCGCCUGUGUCAGUCCAGCUGACUAUAAUUACGAAGAAACGAUGUCAACUUUACGCUACGCCGAUAGAGCUAGAAAAAUUAAGAACAAGCCUAUAGUGAACCAGGACCCCAAAACUGCGGAAAUCAAUCAACUGAAAAAACAAAUUAAACAAUUACAACUACAAAUUGUUGAACAAGGUGGACCGGCUAUAUCGGCUUCGGAAAUCAACAAACUCAAAAUUGAAAACGAAGAAUUGGCCUUCAAAAUCAAAGAGUUAAGACAUCAACUAUCGGCAGCCCUUCUAGAUAAAACGGGUCUGCACGAAAAAAUCCUGAUUCUGCAGAACGCCAACGACAAUCUUAACAAGAAACUUGCCGAACUGAAGGAUCAAUACAACGUCACUUUCAACAAUAUCAGUUUGGGUCUCGAAAACAACGACGUGCAAUGUGUCAAAGACAACAUGGGCAAAUUGCAGGAAAUACAGCAGCAUUUCAACGUAUUGCACGACGAUCAGGUCAAAACAGAAACGGAGAUACGGAAUCAUGAAGAAACGUUUACCAUUUUACUGAACACGACCAGAAAUUCGUCAGGAGAAAUACCGAAAGAAAUGCAAGAAAAACAAGAAUGUCACACGACAAGACAGAUUGUUUUAAAUUCAGAGUUGCAAGAGAUAUCCAAACAAUUGUUACUUAAAGAACAGCUGGCCAAACAGCUUCAAACAAAUGCAAGGUAUAUGGUCGACGAACAGGCUAUGCUAGAAACGGCGAAAAAAAUCGAGACGCUGGAAAAAGAAAAGGACGAGUUAAUGCGGCAACUUAAAAACGUCAAAACGCAAGAAACUUCUAGCAAACUUGCGGAACAACGAAGAAAGCGCGUUCAAGAACUGGAAGAACAGCUGAAGGACCUUAAGAAAAAGAUCAACGAACAGUCUAGGCUAAUAAAAUUGAAGGAAAAAGACGAACUUAAAAUAAAACAGCUCAAUCAAGAAAUUGUUUCUAUGAAAUCGAUGAAGAUUAAACUUUUGAGGCAGAUGCGCGAAGAUGCCGAUAGGUUCCGCAACUGGAAAGUACAGACGGAAAGGGAGUUGGCCAAAGUAAAAGAACAGGGCAGGAAAAAACAAAACGAAAUCGCCAAAAUGAAGCUAACCUACGAAAAACAAAAAAAUGUAUUGAAAAGAAAAUUCGAAGAAGCGGCAGCGUUAAACAAGAGGCUGCAAAACACCUUCAAUAAGCGUAAAGAGGCUCAAGAAAUAAGGUUUAAUGGAAAAGUCGAAAAAAUAGCGGCUUGGCUGAAAGACGACUUUGAAGUGUUCCUAAGCCUUGUCGAAGCUGAAACGGCGCUUACGGGACUCUUAGAAGAUCGCGCCACCCUGUACCAUCAACUGGACGAACUAAAGAACAACCCGGAAACUGCAGGAAGUCCCGAGGUAAAAAAUUUGGAAGAGGACAUCGAGCUGAGGUCUGUACAGAUUCAGGAUCUCCAACAGAAACUAUUGGAUUCGAACGAAGAGGUCAAGUCAAAAACGCGUUUCGACGCGAUUCAGUCCAUGGCGGAGGCGAAAUUUGCCCUCAAGGCCAUCUACGAACAGGCCUCCGAAUCGCACAAGGAGAAGGUCCAUAUAAAGAGGGAACUGGCCGAAAUUCAAGAAACUCGUAAAGAACUGAUAGAAAAAGUAGAGAGCAGCGCGCAAGCGUUGAAAGUCGUAGAGGAUAGCUACGCUGAACAAAUGGCCACCCAGCAGAGAGUUUACGAAGAAAAAGUGGCUAUUCUGUUGAGGCAACUCCGGGGAGUCAAAGUCGAAAAUGAAGACAAUGACUCGGAACUGGCGAAUCGUUGUCAGUUUCUUAAUGAACGCGUUGAUCAACAAGAGAAACAACUUGAGGACCAACAAAGGAUUAUAACCGAGCUAAAUAAACGGCUGGAAGAGAUAAAGAAAACGUCCUUGCAGGCUCUAACGCCUGUUACGCAAAGAAUCAAGAAAGACGUACCGAAAGUUAAAAUAGAGCCUGUCGAUAUGACGGAUGCGUUUGAUAAUGAAGAUAUCCUGGACGGAUCCUUCGUGGACGACGAUGAAAAAGAUCCAGACUGGAGAAAAACGCCCCUUGGUAAAAGAAUCCUGGCAGAAAGACGAACCAAGUUAAUGAGAGGCAGUCAGAUGCCUGAUCAUUACGGUGGUACCAAGCGAUCCUCCGACGGCGGUUGUACUUGCAAGACGAAGUGCAACACUGUGAGAUGCGGCUGCAAAAAGCUAGGUAGGGGAUGCGCGGCGUCCUGCAAGUGUAACGAAUCCGUGUGCGAAAAUAGAAAUGUUGAAAUAUCUUCAGCCGAGGUCAGUUCGUCCCAUUCCAUAUCAUCCAAUGGUUCGGUUGAUGGAGACGACACCAGUGCCUUUAAGAAACCCAGGGUUGAUAAUGAAAACGUGGCACCGAGGAGGAGGAAAUUGAAGAAUAAGCAGCUGUUUUUGUUGGAUUCUUAGAACAGAAAUUGGAGAAAUUUGGUAUUAAUAGAACCUAUGAGUAUCUCAUGUGAUUCGGUAUUGAUAGUGACUUUAACACUCUUUUUGUUAGACUCAUGGAUUGAAGUAGAAGAUGACUUCGUUUAAAGCUAUAUUAAAAAAUUCGAUUAUAUUUUCUUUUUUUAGAAAAUUGACGUAUUGAUUAUUGAUUACUUGUAUUUUAUAUUGAUUUAACUUAUUUAUUAACAGCAUUGAUUAUUUUUACGUUUGUGUUAAAUGUAUGUCCGGCAUUUUAUUGCGAAAAUUCAAGAAAUUAAGAGAUAAUAAUGAAAAAAAAGACUGUUGUACAUAUUUUUAAGAAACUAAUGUACAUAUUUUUAAUAUUUAAUCUAAUGUGCAAAUAAUAUUGCUUCCUAUUAAUGAUGUAUAUAAUUUUAUAAUGUGAUUAAAAAAACUGUUUUUA